UGGCUACAGGUGGACCUCGGUUCCAGGAAGCAGGUGAGCGCCAUAGCAACGCAGGGUCGCUACAGCAGCUCUGACUGGAUGACCCAGUACCGCCUCCUCUACAGUGACACAGGAAGGAACUGGAAGCCAUAUCACCAAGAUGGAAACAUUUGGGCCUUCUCUGGAAACUCCAACUCAGAGAGCGCAGUUCGCCAUGAGCUGCAGCAGGGAAUUGUGACUCGCUUCCUGAGGCUCAUCCCACUGGCCUGGAGUGAGGAGGGGCGCAUCGGUCUCCGGAUAGAAGUUUAUGGAUGCUCCUACUGGGCAGACGUCAUCAACUUUGACGGGCAGGGGGUCAUCUCAUAUCGUUUUAAGGUUAAGAAGAUGAAGAUCAUUAAGGACGUGAUCGCCCUGAGGUUCAAGACAUCAGAAAGUGAGGGCGUCAUUCUCCACGGGGAGGGCCAGCAGGGAGACUACAUCACCCUGGAACUUCGCAUGGCCAAGUUACAACUACAGAUAAACCUGGGCAGUAACCAGUACGGCUCCAUUCUGGGACAUACCUCUGUGACCACCGGCAGUCUUUUGGAUGACAACCACUGGCACUUAGUGAUGAUUGAACGCUACCGUCGCAACGUCAACUUCACCUUGGAUGGACACACUCAGCACUUCAGGACCAAUGGAGAGUUUGAUCAUCUUGAUUUAGACUAUGAGUUGAGUUUCGGGGGGAUGCCGUACAGUGGGAAGCCAGUGGGGGGUGGAAGGAAAAACUUCAAAGGCUGCAUGGAGAGCAUCAACUACAACGGAGACAACAUUACAGACCUGGCCCGCCGGAAGAAGCUCGACACGUCCAGCUUUCAGCGUAAUCUGUCGUUCACCUGCGUGGAGACGCACACCUUUCCCGUCUUUUUCAACGCCUCGAGUUUCCUGCAGCUGCCAGGCCGAGCCAACCACAACACCGUGUCUGUCGGCUUCCAGUUCCGUACGUGGAAUCCAGACGGCCUUUUACUCUUCAGUAAUCUGGAUGACGGCACGUUGGAGAUAUCCCUCGAGGAUGGCAAAAUUACAAUUCAUAUCAAUGUGUCAAAGGGAGCCAGAAACUACAGAGUGGACUUAUCAUCAGGUUCAGGUCUCAAUGAUGGUCAGUGGCACGCUGUGCGUUUGCUUGCUAAGGAGAACUUUGCCAUGCUGACAGUCGACGGYGAGGAGGUGUCCGCUGUGCGUUCCACCUCACCUCUCAGCAUCACCACAGGAGGAACCUAUCACUUGGGAGGGUACUUUCUGCAGACACCGUUCCCACCUUCCCAACGCUCGUUUCAGGGAUGCAUGCAGGCGAUCCUGGUGGAUGAUCAUCCUGCUGAUCUGCAUGCAGUGGAGAAAGGCACUGUGGGAGCCUUUGAGAACGUCAGCCUGGACAUGUGUGCAAUUAUAGACAGAAGACAAAGUGUGGAUGACCGUUGUGAACAACCUGCCACCCAAAACUUURAUCACAGGCUCUAGCAGAGAGAAACGCACCGUCCUGCAGGUCAACUAUAGUGCCUCCAUGGACCAGGUGACAGCCAUCACCACCAGUGCAGAACACUGCGAACAGCAAAUCACCUACAUUUGCCGCAUGUCCCGUCUGCUCAACACUCCAGAUGGGACCCCCUACACCUGGUGGGUUGGUCGAGGCAGCGAGAAGCAUUUCUACUGGGGCGGCUCGGGGCCCGGCAUCCAGAAGUGUGCCUGUGGAAUCGACAGGAACUGCACAGACCCCAAGUAUGAUUGCAACUGUGAUGCAGAUGCUAAACAGUGGAGAGAAGAUUCUGGACUCUUGACGUACAAAGAACACCUGCCUGUCAGCCAGGUUGCCAUUGGUGACACAAACAGACCAGGCUCUGAAGCCAAACUCACCGUUGGACCUCUCCGAUGCCAUGGAGACAAUAACUACUGGAACGCUGCAUCAUUCACCACCCCGUCAUCCUACCUGCAUUUCCCAACUUUUCAGGGAGAGACCAGCGCUGACAUCUCUUUUUAUUUCAAGACGAGCUCUCCCUACGGCGUCUUUCUGGAAAACCUGGGCAACACGGACUUCAUCCGCCUGGAGCUCAAAU